UUUCUUUUUUCUUUCAUGUAAAGCUGUUGAAAUAACAGACACUGCCAUGCAGGCUCCUGUUACUGGGCUUAUUACCACAACAUCUGUGCUGAGGUACGCGGCUCAAAAAACUGACGUGAGGGCCAACUUCACCUGCAAAGUCCAGCACUUUCUGGACAAAGAUCAAGAAUCGGUCCCUGUGACUUUUCCCAUUUACUAUCCCUCUGAGAAGGUCACAAUUGAAGUGCUGACGCCAAGCCCCAUCCGAGAGGGUGACGGUGUCACUCUGAAAUGCUCUGGCGAUGGGAGCCCCCCACCAGCUAGCUUCACAUUCUUCUUAAAGGGUAAGAAAGAAAAUGUUGAGAAUUCUAACAAUUACACUAUUGAAAGCGUAUCGAGGAACAUGACGGGAGAUUACAGUUGUUCCCUGCUCAAUGAUGACAAACUCAAAGAUACGGCGGCGAUCACAGUGCACUAUCUGGAGAUGACAUUGAUCCCAGCUGGCACUGUCACCAAAGAAGUUGGACAGAGUGUGAAUGUGACAUUAAGCAAGGCUUCCUCUGCAGAUUUGGCUGUUACUUGGAAGAAGGACAAUGUGAAGAUCGACGCUCCCACGUUGCAGAAGCUAGCCUACCGGGAUGCUGGGAAUUAUGAAUGUGAAGUCACUGCUCCUACUGUGAAGAGCCUGAAGAAAACCAGCUCUUUUCAACUCGUCGUAGAAGGGAAGCCACGUAUUAAAAACUUAAUCAAGAAACUUGGGCAAGAUGGGAAAACCAAGACGCUGAGUUGUAUUGUAGAAGGUUCUCCCAAGCCCACUGUGCAAUGGAACGUCAAUGCCAGCACUGUGAACGAGAGCCCCUAUGUCAAUGGACAGUUCACUCACACCAUCACUAUGAUUCCACAGGGAAAUGAUACUGUGUACUGCACUGCGUCUAACAAGCUGGGGCAAGACCUAUACGCAGUCAAUAUUUCUACCUUCCAUACACCAUCCAGCAGAUCAGAUGAAUCAGAAGAUUCUCGAGAGACAAAUGACCAACCCAAACUGAUAGUAGGAGUCGUGGUGGGUCUCGUAGUGGCAGCUCUGGUUGCAGGUCUAAUUUAUUGGAUCUACAUGAAGAAAUCAAAGCAAGGAAGCUGGAAAACGGGUGAAAAGGAUCUUGGAUCACAUGAAGAAAAUAAGAAACUUGAAGAAAACAAUCACAAAUCAGAAGCCUAAAAAUAAAACAACCCAUUUUGGAGGGUUCAGAAACGGCAGAAACAGCAAAGACCUGCCUUGUAACACUGGACUUUUAAUUGGAACUUUGUCAUAAAGCUGUUUGUUUGGAUAUCAGUGAAGAAGUCUUCUGUAUCGUUGUAAUGCGCACCUCCUUCUGCA